CGUAGAACAUCAUUUGCCACCUGUUCUCCUGUUUUUUUCUUUCUCUUAUUUAUAGUUUCUGCUUCAGACUCACUGCCACUGACGCCAUGGGUGAUCUAUCUCAACUUCUCGAAGCAGCUUCUGAUUUUAGUCGCUACCCAGGGGUGCAAAGCGAUGAUUCCGCUAGGGACUUUCUCAAUCGCUUCCCUCUUACACUCAUUAUCAAUGCACUACAGACUAACUUUGACGUGCCUGACAUAGAAAAUACUCUUGUUGCAUGUGUUGAAAAGCUAUUCAAUACGACGUUGGGAGCUUCUUUGAUCCUGCAGUAUAUGCCUUUUGUUCAAGUUGGUCUGCUGGCAGAAUCUCAAGCAGUCAGAUCCUUAUCUUGCAAAACAGUAAGUCGCCUUCUAGAGAGUGUUGACAAUGAUGACAAAGUUGCUGCAAGUGCUCGUCUAAUUAAAGACUUCAACAUAUAUCCUCUUUUGCUUGAUUGCAUCAUAAAAGGUGAUGAACAAGUUGCAGCCGUAGCAGCAGAUGCAAUAACAAAGUUAGCUGGUUUUCCUGAAGGCAUGGAAAUUAUCUUUCCAUCUAGCAAAGUAGGUGAGAUAGAUCUGGAGCUUAUAGCAUCACAAUGUUCAUCACUGGGUCGAGUUCGUGUACUGGCACUGGUGGUGAAGCUUUUUUCUGUAUCUAGGUCGGCAGCAUCCACUGUCUAUAGCUUAAAUCUACUUAAAUUGUUGGAACAAGAACUCAGAAAUGCUGACGAUACCCUUGUAACUUUAAGUGUAUUGGAACUUCUAUAUGAGUUGGCAUCGAUCGAACAUAGUACAGAAUUUUUGUCAAAGACUAGCCUCUUUGAAUUGCUUUCGUCAAUGAUUAGCAACAAUUCUGUGGAAUCAAUUUUAAGAUCAAGAGCAAUUAUGAUAUGUGGAAGGCUUGUGCCCAAGGACAUUAUACACUCCUUCACGGACGAACCUUGUGUUAAAGCUGUUAUUGCAUCUAUUGACGGUAGACUUCAGUCAUUGAAUCCUUCAGAUAUAGAUGAAUGUGAAACUGCACUUGAAUCAUUGGGUCAUAUAGGAUCAUCUACCCAGGGAGCCACAUUAUUACUCUCAGGUUCAUCACCUGCUGCAAGACAUGUUAUAGAUGCUGCUUUUGAACGACAAGGGCCACAAGGACAUGGAAAACAGCUGGCUGCAUUACAUGCUCUCGGAAACAUCUCGGGAGAAACCAGAUCUAAGAAUAGUAUUAUACUCAAUGCUGAAGCAGAAGAAAAUCUGCGACGCUUAAUUUAUGAAACAGCUACUAGAAGUUCAAAGCUGACUCCAUCGGGUCUGUUUCGGUCAGUACUGCAGCAGGAUGCAGAAAUACGUCUAGCGGUCUAUAGAGUGAUAAGUGGAUUGGUUGCCCGAUCAUGGUGCUUGAUGGAGAUAUGCUCAAAAAAUGAUAUUAUAAACAAAUUGAUUAAUCCAACUAUUGAAACCACGAAAAUAGGUAUGGAAGCCCGAUAUAACUGCUGCAAGGCUAUAUUCCAAACUCUGACACUUUCUGAUAGUGUUUCUGCUUUUACAGAUAUAUAUGCAAAGUUGGAGAAAGCUGUUAAAAUGGGUCCAUAUCUUGUUAAGAGCCAUGCUGAACCUCAACCUGUUGUGGAGACUGCCGAAAGAUUUUAAUAUAUAAAUGUGACUGAGUAGGCAAUAUUUUCUUUCCUUCGCCAAGUUCUUUUUUUCAACAUUUGCAAAUUGUUUUUUUCUUUUGUUGUGUGUUUGUAUGACUUGCAAAUAAUAGGUGUUUUAGUAUUUUUUUUUUGGAGUAUGAGUCGGACGUGA